CCUUUCUGGAGGUAGGCGGAAGGAAGUGGGCUAGAAAAUGAAAUAUCAGCUCCUAACCUCGGGUCAGUUCAGAGCACUGCUUUUGGUGCUGGUUCUAGCACUCACCGUAAAGAGCUCACCCCAUGGGAGGGUUGGUCAUCCUCCACCCAACAAGGACAGUGGCUCUGGAAGAGUUAGCAGAGGUUGCCUGAACCAAAAGGAUCUCAAAUUCCCUUCAACACUGAAAGUUGACGUUCGUAUCAGCAAUUCAGAUCAAGCCUUUAGGACAGUCCACGAUGUCAGAAACAGAUCACUUGCUCCUUGGGAUUACAGGCUUGACGAGGACCCCAACCGCUUCCCCCAGGUGAUUGCUGAUGCCAAGUGCCGCCUCUCUGGCUGUGUGAACGCACUGGGGCAGGAGGACCAUAGCUUCAACUCCGUCCCCAUCCAACAGGAGAUCCUCGUCCUCCGGCGGGAGCAGGGGGGCUGCCUGCCCACCUACCGCCUGGAGAAGAAAGUCAUCACCGUGGGCUGCACGUGUGCUGCUCCAGUCAUCCACCACCAGUCCUAGGAGGGAUUAGUAUGAGAGACAACAUCAGGAAGAAGAAAUGUCUCCUAUGAACACCUCUUAGGGGAGACGCCCAACUUGCAUUCCUGGAAUUCAACAUGACAUUUCCUUUCCAAAUCUGAGCAAAUUACCUCCUGAAAGUAUUGAUUCUUGCUGGUUUUUAUUUCUGAGUGGAAGUCACUGGGAGCUGGUGAUGGAAGGGAAAGA